AUGGUAAGAAACAUGGGUGGAAAUGCACCAAACGCCGCGCGUAAACCGACACCAGCAGUCCCUCAAUAUGUCGUAUUUCGAUACCCAACACAAAAUAUACCUUCAUUUGAACCAUUACGUCCAAUGCAUCCAAAAUUACAUGACAUCAUGACGCAAAGGAGAGGAAUUACUUCACCACAUGUUCCGGCACCGGUGACGGGAUUUGUUUCAAGAAACGAUUACGGUGGUGGAACUCUUCAAUUCCGAACGACAACAGCGCCACCACACGCACCCGUCACACGAAUGGAAGGAAUAAAUGAGAAAUAUUGGGAUAAAUGCAAAAGGUCAUAUGGGACAAAGUUAAAUUUUGCGCCUCGUGUUGCAAAAAAAAACCUCCACACCCAACAUCCAUCACAAGGUAUGGUGAAGUGGGUGGCAGGAACUCCCGUCAUGGGGGAAUCCCCUGCAAAUUACCCGUCAGCGCAUUUUCACCAAUCAUAUGUUAAAAGAAACUUCCCUCAAACAUUCAACUCCACAACAGUUAUGGGAAUGUGCCCACAGAAACGCAUGAGAGCUGAUGGCGCAUCGGAACCACAAAAAAAUUACCCACCACAGUACAAAUAUGACGAAUGGAGCGAGCGGGAGCGAGGAGAGGGCAGCAACGGUAAUAGUGAUAAUAAUAACAAUAAUAUUAAUAUUAUUAAUAAUAAUAAUAAUAACAGCAACAACAGUGAUGAUGAUCCCCUCCUGCUCCUUCACGGAAUUAACGAACUCGGCCAAGUGCAAAAGUUCAGGUGCCGCAAAUCAUAUUUACUUGAACUCGCGGAGGCCGUACGAAUAGCGGACCGCUUGCGUUGUGAAAUUCCAAACGCAAUAAACGAACCAUAUCGAGAGCAGCAGCCCGACACAUCGAGCCGGUCCGAAUCAGCAGAUAACAAUGAUGAAGUCCAGGAUGAGGAAAUGCACAGCGAACACCUCAACGCACAAAGUCGAGAACAAAUGGAUGGGGAAGAAACUUCUUCCAUUUCAUCAACAUCAUCAUCGUCAACAUCAAAUUCGAUUAGUGAUUCUCCCGUAAAAGAUGGAAUGCAUUUUAGGGAUAUGUUCAGAAAACGUGCCCAUACGCUCGGAUAUGAAAUAAGCGAUAAUGUUGCCGUGGAGGUGGCGCCUCCGUAUGGAAUGGAAGCGGCAGGAGAGAAAAGAAACGAAAUUCAAAGUGAAGGAUGA